AUGAACCAGGACUCGUCUUCUGCCCAGGCUGGGUCGCGAGUCAAUGGUACCGCGAAGCCAUCCUCCGCGUCCGACGCACCACCCCGCACUCUAGAACAAGUAGCCGUCGAACUGCGGCGCAAGGUUGUCGACUUACUACAACUACAGACGAAUGAUGAGCUGUUACAGAAUCUCCAAAAGCAGGUCCGGAUUUCUUUAGAAGUUAUAGAGGAGUCAUUUAAGCGAUACCGACCCGACGAGUUAUCGCUUUCAUAUAAUGGCGGCAAGGAUUGCCUGGUCUUACUGGUUUUGAUCCUGGCUUGCUUGCCUUCUUCAACAUCAACUUUUUCGCGUUUCCCAGAACAUCUCCAAUCUAUAUUUAUCAUUCCGUACGACUCAUUCCCGGAGGUCGAGGAGUUUGUUGCGACUUCCGCCAGAGAAUAUUUCCUCGAGCUUUCACGUUAUGUCCUUCCCAUGCGGCCCGCGCUCGAUGCAUAUCUAGACGAGAAGCCGAAUAUUAAAGCCAUUUGGAUUGGCACGAGACGCGUAGACCCGAACGGCGGCCAUCUUACGCAUUUCGAUUAUACAGACAAAGAUUGGCCUCAGUUCAUGCGAAUACACCCAGUUAUUGACUGGCACUACGCGGAGAUCUGGGCAUUUAUUCGAUAUCUCGACCUGGAAUACUGCCCUUUAUAUGACCGAGGCUUCACGUCUCUUGGAGGGGUUGGUGAUACGCAACCGAAUCCUGCACUUGCAGUUGAGAAUGACCCAUCCCGCUUUCGGCCGGCUUACGAGCUCAAAGAGGAUAACGAGGAGCGCCUGGGUAGGGACCGGUAG